AUGGAGGCCAUUCAUACUCAUCCUUCCAACGCCGCCCAGGCCAAGGCUUUCACCGCGCCCGGCUCGCUUUCGUUUCCCGGCGGCGCCAAUGAGUUCUCGAAUUCGGCGGCUCAGGCCAAUGGUGCGGCCACCAACGGUGCUCAGCAGCAGGGCGUUCAAGCCACGAGCGGUACUGGGGUGACUCCCGCGACCCCCGCUGCGACGCCCGGAGCUGGUCCUACGGGCCCGAGUGGCAUCACGCCCACGCUCCAGAACAUCGUCGCCACGGUCAAUUUGGACUGCCGUUUGGACCUGAAGACGAUUGCGCUUCAUGCCCGCAAUGCGGAGUACAACCCCAAGCGUUUCGCUGCGGUUAUCAUGCGUAUUCGCGAGCCCAAGACCACUGCCCUGAUCUUCGCCUCUGGUAAGAUGGUCGUGACCGGUGCCAAGUCGGAGGAUGAUUCGAAGCUUGCGUCGCGCAAGUACGCCCGCAUCAUCCAAAAGCUCGGUUUCAACGCCAAGUUCACCGAUUUCAAAAUCCAGAACAUCGUCGGUUCUUGUGACAUCAAGUUCCCCAUUCGUCUGGAGGGUCUUGCCUCGAAGCAUCACAACUUCAGCUCUUACGAGCCUGAGCUCUUCCCUGGUCUUAUCUACCGCAUGAUCAAGCCGAAGAUUGUCCUGCUCAUCUUCGUCAGCGGCAAGAUUGUUCUCACUGGCGCCAAAGUGCGCGAGGAGAUCUAUCAAGCCUUCGAGAUGAUCUAUCCGGUGCUGCAAGACUUCCGCAAGGUUUAA